AUGCGCGCUUCUGAAUCAGAAUCCUUAUUGCCACGAAGAAGAGUGAAUCGCUCAGAAAGGCUAGCAAGUCAAGUGCGAAGACAACAUAACACAGAAUUAGUACACCAACUUCAUACAAGUUCAGUGCCAUACAGUAAGGAAAGCACAAGGAAUGACGCGGAAGAGCGAACGGUCUCGUCCCAGCCGCUACUGCUGGAGGACGCAGUUGGAGCAGAUAAUUCGAACUGGGGCCUAGAACAUGAACUAACAGGUGACGGUGCAGAACCGAUGCAAUGGGCACAUGCGGAUAUUCAGCCGACAAGCCAGCAGAAUAUCCGCUACGCCCAUAACCAAGAAGAUGAGGAGCGGCUGCGCGCAGUAGAAAGGAUGCGAAUUCGCCGGGCCGGUGAUGAACAUGUGCGAAAGGAAAGAGCCGCGAACAGGAAUGCUAUGAGAAUUUGA